AUGACCACCGCAGACCUAGACACCGACGCAGACGCCCACUUGCAAGCAUUCCGUGCUCCAGGCGAACAAGAACACAUUCUGAUUCCAGUCGUCCAACAUCCGAUUACCAAUGACCUCUAUGUCCUCUGGACUGACAUCACCGACUGUUUCCCGGGGGUGACCAGGAUCCAGUUCAGGAACAUAUUUGUCCCCAUGCUCAGGAACGGGCGACUCUACAGGAUCAAGCCUCAUGGGAUCAGAUACCACCCUGGAAUCGUACUGGAUGUCGUCUACAGAGAGAAGCUGUCGAAUUUGGUCAUUAGUAGGAACAGGAACAGAAGGAACCAGGAUGUUAGUACAGAGACUACACGCCAAGCUGCUGGAGAGGCGCCUGACGGAGAUAUGGAUGGCCGAGACGAGAGCGACGGCGAUGAUGAGGACAAUUGCGAGGAACAAAAGGCGGGACGCUUGGCAGGAGCCGAGAAUCAACAGCGGCAGAAGAUCGAGGAGGUUGGACUUGGGAACGCAACUCCCAAGAAUGCCAGCCAAACACUCGUAGCAUCUGUUUCUGACCUGUGGCUUGCUGAGAACGAGAAGGGCCUGAGAACAGAACAGGAGGAAGAGGAGGAAGAGGACGAGGAGGAUGAGGAGGAUGAUGAUGGGAGAAACUUAAGCGAGCUGAGCUAUGAGGAAUUGGAUAAACUGAUAGAAAGGGUAAUGGAGAUGGAGAGAGAGGAACGGGAGCAGAGAGGAAGGGAGGAGGAGGAGGAGAGGGAAGAAGUUGAUGGUGUGGUGUCGCCAUCCAGUCAGGAACUCUCUUCGAAACUUGCGACAAAUUCACGGCUCGGGUCGUCGCAGACUGUAGUGAUGGUUGACAAUGUCGGUCAGGAGAAGCUGUCUGAGAUCAGGGACAUGGUCAAGCAUCGCGCUCAGGACAUCCUCAAGAGUCGGGUCUCAUUGACUGAGUGCACUCUUUCAAGGUUCUUUUUCUUCCUCCCCAUUUUGGAAGACACAGCAACACUGACCGGACCAAAAUCUUCAGCACCGUCUCAACCGACACCUACAGCGAUCACAACUACCGGUGACAUAGAGCUCCACGGCAACACCGAUUUUCAGCUUUAUUAUCUCUGCGACUGUGGCGACAUUCCUGGAUUUGAGGAUAUCUGGUAUCCUCACUGGCACACCAACGACGGCGAACAUACACUCAGCCCUACCUCGGACGAGCGUUUCACCCAAGAUGAGCUCCAAGAACUCAUACCUCUAGUUGGCGAGUACACGAUGGUGGUCUUGGAGAUGCUCAAGUACGGCGUCUAUGUCGAAGAGGCUCCCCAGUCGGCGGCACGGCGUGUCUCCUUAGCGAUCGAGUAUCUGCAGUCGAUGGGAGUGCGUUCCUGCGAGGAUAUAAUGGCUGAGUUGGCUUUGGUGACCGCGAGCGUUGGAAGCCAGGCGAUGCUGGAUCGACUGGAACCCAUCACUCCACUGGAUUGGAGAUCAAAAACGGUUGUUGAAAACUGCAUUUUCGGUAUUCGUACAAGGAAACAUCCAGAACUCUGUUUAUUCAGAGCCUCGGAAUACGACGUCCGGAGAGUGUGCCAAGACCACCUCUUCUCCAUGUUACCGCGGAGCGCUCUGGAGGAAGCCCAGGGAUUUUCGACGGAUCCGUCGUCGAGCGCCAGCAAGUAUGAUUAUCAACGAGGAGUCUUCAGUUCGGCGAUCACAAGCAUACAGCGAGCGCGCGAGUUCUUCCGACUGGCGGCGCAGAUGCCAUCGAUCCCGGUGUUCCGAGUCUCGUUGGAGUGGGAGAUAUCACCGGAGGACGAACAGGAGGUCGCCGAUGCGAUUGGCGGACUUUCAGCAGCAGUCGUUCAUCUCACUGUCCCAACCAGUACCGGAGCCCAGAAAGGUUCCGUAUCAGGAUAUGCAGAUGGAUUCGAGCUCCUGAUUGCCGCGGCAGUACAGAACCCCAAGGUCGGAGACUUUUUCAUAUUCCAACACCCGUUGUUCGCUAGCCACGCCCAUUCCAAUUUUUUGGGAAGGCGACACUACGCCCACUCGGUCUCAAAGUUGCCGUCAGAGACUGUGGCUGUAGUGUCGCGAAGGUUGAGGGAUAGUAGAGCGAGGUUGGCAUUGCGGGCGCGAGAUGCAGGACAGGCGGCCAGAUCCGUCCAUCGUGCAGCGAGUGGUCUUGAUCGUCUUUCCGAGUUGUACGUCCAGGUCCCGGACGUAGCGAGCCUCAAAUUCAAGUUCGCAGGACCUGGUGCUGGGCUACCAGGCAGAGAAAUCGAGGACACGGACACCAUCAGCGACGACCUACGCACAUUCUUUAUGAAACGGCACUGGAGUGAUGAGGUCAGUUGUUCAUCGUCAAAAGUUUUGGAUACCGCGGUCUUGCAGCUGGGAUGUCUGACUGAGGUGAACAUGGGGCUUUCACUUGAGCAGGAUCGGGCCAAGGUACGAGAUCUGAUCAAGUUGAACGAGGGUCUCAAGUCGCUGGAGAUGAAGUACCGAUCCGACGAGGACCCGAGCAAUAUCUUCGAGGCAUUCAAGGCGCUCCUGUUCAAGCAUCCGCGGAUCGAGUCAUUCAAGGUUGUCAAGCAUCAAGUCUGCCACCCUAGAGAGGACUCUGUUUUCCUCUGGAGGAACCUACGGGAGCCAGCCAAGAUGCGGGUGGAGAUCUCCUGCUAUGGAGGAGACAACAUCCAUUCAAUGUUCCAGCGGUACACUCCGUCGAUUGAGCGUCUUCGGGUUGCGAAACUCCUGCCAAACGACGCGGUUGUCCUAGAGAAGUCGAUGCGAUCCAAGAAAGGACCCCUGGCUCUCAAGUAUCUCUCCAUUGUCAACGUCCACCUGGCAGAGCCUUCCGUGCGUGAUAGCCUCCAAAAACUCGUCCUCCGACAAGAUAUCGAGGAAAUCGUUGUUGACGGAACCCUCGAUCCACCCAGCAACCACACCUGGGACGAGAAUGACGACAUAGGCGAUGACUGGGAUAUUUACGAUGACGAUGGGGCGGGUCUCCGAUAUCUUCAGGAGCGAAAGGCUGCCUCAGUGGAAGCUUGGGCGGAUUUCUUGUGCGCUAUUCGUUCCAAGGUGACAACGCUGGUCAUAACGGAUGACCCCGAGAACCGAGUACUCAAGGCCUUGGAGUCACGGAUGGACCAUUCCUUGGACAUGCCUCGGCUGAGGUCGCUAUCACUCUUGAGUGAAAUGGAGGAAAGCCUUUUCUCGGAUCGCUGGCUGGAGUCGCUUCUUCGAUGGAAGCAGGAGUCGGCCAAGGACAGAGCGUUACCCGAGAAUGGCUCCACACUGACUUCGACGCCGGAAACAGCAGCAGCGAAUUCGGUUAGGAGCGACUCAGUCAAAGAGAUCACGACGCCUACCCCGACAGAUAACAACAGGGCUUCACAGGCGAUCACAGAGCUCUACUUGCAUGGGGUUACAAUCUCUCAUGACGAGUGGGCGCGGUUACUAGGCUAUCUGGAUUUCUCCCAAAUGGUCACGUUUGAUGUGUUGCCGAUUAGCAACUGUUCGUCGGCGACACUUCUCCUGUUGACUGAUGUAUACCUGGAGUGUGGCACGAAUUUGAAAAAGUUCUUUGUGAGGGGUGGUCAGGACAUCGAUUGGUCAACGAGAGCGCUCAUAGCGGAGAAGCUUCGGUCGAAGAUAGUCGGUCCCGAGACAGAGGUCGACAUCGAUGGGCACUUCAAGAUACACAUCUACGAGGCCACAGCAGCAGCGGAGAUAUGGACAAAUUCCCUGAUUGUUGUUCGAUCCAAGGUCACGGAGCUGAUCGUGCAGAAUGACCCCCGUAACAUAGUUCUCAAGGCGGAGUCGCGGAUGAAAGGAUCACUGGACAUGCCACGACUGAGGUCGUUGAGAUACAAGCGCGACAUGAGCUUGGAGAUGCCUCUUAUUUCGGGAGGCUGUCUUGAAACGCUCCUCCAAUCGAAGCAGGAGAUGGCGAUGCAGAGAGUGUCACCCGAGAGAGCCACUAUUAUUGAUGGCGGCUGGGUGUGGCUCCUCAGUUAUCUGGAUUUCCCACAGAUGGUCGAGUUUGAGGUUCACCAUGACAGUGAGACCUCACAGGAAACGCUACUCUUCCUCGCCGAUGCAUUUCUAGAAUUCGGUGAAGCAUUGCGGCGCUUCAUUGCGAGGAGUGGCUUGACGUCAAAGGACGAGAAAACGAAGGAGGUAUUGGAAGAGAAGUUGUGGUCAGCAAAGGUUGGCGGAGACAUGGAGCUCUAUGUUCUCUGGUCCGACAUCACAGAUUGUUUCCCCAGAGCAACGCGGAUCCAGUUCAAGGAUAUCUACGUGCCAAAGCUAAGAGAUGCCCGUCUCUACAGGGUCAGACCACAUGGGAUCAGAUUCCACCCUGGGAUGGUGUUGGAUAUCAUCUAUGGGAAGAAGCCAGUCAGUAGGAAGAACACGAGCUGUAGGAGCCGGGACGCCAAUGCUGAGAUUGCACACAAAGCCAUCGGAGAGGCGUCGGAUCAGGACGUGAAUGGCCGAGACGAGCACGAUAACACGGACGGCAGCAACUUCGGGGAGGAAGAACAGAGAACACGAUCCAAGGAGCAGCAACAGCGGCGGGAGGAGGAGCUUGUAGCGGUUGAAUCCGAGAGCUCACUCCUUGAGGAUACCAGCUGGGAAAUCGGCACAGCAGCCCCCGACAUACCGUUGGCGGAUGAUGAGAGGGACUUGCAGACGGAAGAGGGGGAGGAUGAGGAUGAAGAUGAGGAGGAAGACGAGGGAGAGAAGGUAGAUGAGGAUGAAGAAGUAGAAGAGGUCAGUGAGGAGGAACUGUGGCCGCCCACGCGCCAGCUCUCUUCAGGAUUUACGGCCGAUUUACAGCCCGUGUCUUCACUGUCAGGAGUGGCGAAAGACCCGGAGGCACCGCUGGAUAUCAGAGUCUUGGUCAAGCAUCGCGUUCGGGACAUCAUUAAGGAUCGGGUGUCGUUGUCACAUUGCAGUAUGUCUAAGUACUUUUUCUUCCUUCCUAUUUUGGAAGACGCAACUACGUUACCCGGACCAACAUCCUCAUCACCUUCUCAACCGACGCACACCGCGAUCACUCCAGUCGGCAGCAAAGGGUUCCACGGCAACACCAGAUUUCAGCUUUAUUAUCUCUGCGACUGUGGCGACAUUCCCGGGUUCGUGGGCACCUGGCGUCCUCAUUGGCAUUCCAGCGAUGGCAAACAGCCGCUCAGUUCUACCUCCGACGAAAGCUUCUCUCACGAUCAACUCGUGGAGCUCAUACCUCCAGUCGGCGAAUAUAUGAUGGCGGUCUUGGAGAUGCUCAAGUACGGUGUCUAUGUCGAAGAGGUUCCCCAGUCGGCGGCACGGCGUGUCUCCUUAGCGAUCGGGUACCUUGAGUCUGAAGGAGUUCGCUCCUGCGAGAAGCUCAUGGACGAGAUGUCUCUGGAGACCGCGAGCGUUGGAAGCCAGGCGAUUCUGGACCAAAUGAAACCCACCGCUCCACUGGAUUCGGGAUCAAAAACGGAUGUGGAGAACUGCAUUUUCCGUCUUCGUACAAGAAAGCAUCCCAGACUCUAUCCCUUCAGAGCCUCGAUGGGCGAUGUUCGAAGAGUGUGCCAGGGCCACUUACUCUCCAUGCUACCGCGGAGCGCUCUGGAGGAAGCGCAGGGAUUUUCGGCGGACCCAUCGUCAAGUGCCAGCAAGUAUGAUUACCGGCGGGGAGUCUUCAGUUCGAGGAUCACGAACAUGCAGCGAGCGCGUGAGUUCUUCCGGCUGGCGGCGCAAAUGCCAUCGAUUCCGGUGUUCCGAAUCUCGUUGGAGUGGGUGCUAUCAGUGGAGGACGAACAGGAGAUCGGCGACGCGAUUGGUGGACUCUCAGCAGCAGUCGUUCAUCUCACUGUCCCAACCGGCACCGGAGCCCAGAAGGGUGCUGUUUCAGGAUGUGCAGACGGAUUCGAGCCCUUGAUUUUUGCAGCACUACAGAACUCUAAGGUCGAGAUCUUUAGCAUAUUCAAACGCCCGUUGGACGCCGGACACGACUAUCCCGAGUUCUUGGAAAGGCGACAGUACUACCACUCAUCCUCAAAGUUGCCGUCAGAUACAUUGGCAUCAGUGUCGCGAGGAUCGGGGGACAAUAGAGUGUCGGUAGCUCUGCGAGCGCGCAAUGCAAGGCAGGCUAUCGCGUCAGUCCGUCGUGCAGCAAGAGGUCUCCAUCAUCUUUCCGAGUUGUGCCUCCAGGUGAUGGAUGUAGCGGAUAUCACCAUCGACCUGACGGAAAGUCGCAUUGAAGAUACCGACUUCACCAGUGGCGAACUGCUUUCGUUCUUCACGAAGCGGCAUUGGAGUGAUGGGCUCAGUUGUUUGUCGUCAAAAGUUUUGGAUACCGCGGUCUCGCAGCUAGGAUGUCUGACUGAGGUGAGGAUGGGACUUUCGCUUGAGCAGGAUCGGGCCAAGGUACGAGAUCUGAUCAAGUUGAACGAGGGUCUCAAGUCGCUGGAGAUGAAGUACCGAUCCGACGAGGACCCGAGCAAUAUCUUCGAGGCAUUCAAGGCGCUCCUAUUCAAGCAUCCGCGGAUCGAGUCAUUCAAGGUCGUCAAGCAUCAGAUCUUCUAUCCUAGAGAGGACUCUGUUUUCCUCUGGAGGAACCUACGGGAGCCAGCCAAGAUGCGGGUGGAGAUUUCUUGCUAUGGAGGAGACAACAUAUAUUCAAUGUUCCAGCGGUACACUAAGUCAAUCGAGCGUCUCCGGGUUGCAGAGCUGCGGCUGGACGAGGCAGCUGUCCUAGAGAAGUCGAUGCGGUCCAAGAAAGGACCCCUGGCUCUCAAGCGCAUCUCCAUCGUCGACGUCCACUUGAUGGAGCCCUCCGUGCGUAAUAUUCUCCAAAAGAUCAUUCUCCAGCGAGACAUCGAGGAGGUUGUCGUGGAGGGAAAACUCAAGCCAGAUACUGACGAGUACGAUGAUGAUCAAGCUAGCGAUGACUGGGACACUCUUGGUGAGGAUGGCGCCGCGACUCUCCAGUAUAUUCGGGUUCAAAAGACCGCUGCUGUGGAGGCAUGGAUGGAAUUAUUGUGCGCUAUUCGUUCCAAGGUCACGGAGUUGGAUAUAAAAAAUUAUCCCAGGAAUCGAGUCCUCAAGGCGUUGGAGUCGCGGUUGGAGGAUUCCUUGGAUAUGCCUCGGUUGAGGUCGCUAUCUCUGUCGAACGAUAUGGAUACAAGCGUAUUCUCAGAUCGCUGGCUUGAGACGCUUCUUCGGUCGAAGGUCGUGCAGAGAGAGCUUCCCGGGAAUGGCUCCACACCCACAUCACCACCGACAACAACAGUCACUAAUUCGGUCAAGAUCGACCCAGCCAAGGAUAUUAUGGCGCCUGUCCCGACAAAUGGCAACAAUGCUUCGCAGGCGAUCACAGAGCUCUGCAUGCACGGAGUGAAGCUCUCUGAUGAGGAAUGGGAGAGGUUGCUCGGCUACCUUGAUUUUUCCCAAGUGGUCAAGUUUGAAGUUUUUCAGAGGAAUCCCAUGUCAUCCGCGACUCUUCUUCUGUUGACGGAUGUCUUUCUGCAGAGCGGCACGAGUUUAAGAAAGUUCGUUGCGAGAGGUCGCCAGGCGAUUGACAAGGCGACGAGAGCGGUCGUAGAAGAGAAGCUUCGCUCGAAAUCGAUCGACGGAGGUUUGGAGGUCGAUCUCAACAUGUGCUUUAUGCGCAACACAGGGAGUGCCCGGUUGGUUCUCAGUUGCCCAUAUGAAUAG